AUGAGGUAUGAGUUCUGGUCGGGUAUUCAGGAUCCAAACUGCUCCAGAGUGAAUUAUGUCAACAGGAGGAUCUGUGCUCUGCAAGGUUCCUCAGUGAACAUCUCCAGUGAAUACUCACAUCCUUACUACCAGCAGUGGAAGUCUAAAUCUUGGUAUAAGAAUAGGAGAAGUGAUAUGGCGGCUGGUGAAGAGCUGAUAAACUAUACACAUCGUAUUAAGUUUCAUAAACCGAUGAACUGCCACAUCCUGACAAUCAAUAAUUUGAACAAGAAUGACUCAGCAGAAUACAUAUUCAGAAUAGAAAGGGAUGCAGGGAAAUUGCCGGCUGCUCCUGGGGUGACUUUGGUCGUCACAGAUCUGAGAGUGAAGUUUAGUCCUUCUGAGGAGGAGGUGACCGAGGGGCAGAGAGUCACGCUGACCUGCAGAACCAGUUGUCCUCUGACAGACAACAUGAACUACAUUUGGUUCUUGAACAAUCAACCUCUGAAUCUGACAAAAACACAAAGCAAGUACCUGGUUCUAGACCCCGUCAGCAGUGAACAUGCAGGAAACUACUCCUGCAAAGUUCAAAUGCUCCAAAAGAGCUCUCAUCAAAAGAUGCUCACUGUCCACAGAAGAAGAAAAUGGACUCAAGCCGCCAUAGGAAUCGUUGUUCUUCUCCUGGUUAUAAUACCCAUCAUCAUUUUCUUGUGGAUCAGAAGAAAGAAGACUUCCAUCCAGUCUCCUAGAACUGAAACUUCUGUCAACUUGGAGGAGAUAAGCCCAGUUCAAGUGUACGAGAACAUCUCGGCUCAACCAUUAGAGGAGGAUGAUAGUUACUAUAGCAGCGUCCAAUUCCCCAACAACAGAGAUGCUCUCUACUCACAAAUCCAGUCCCAUCAGCCCCAAGAAGAAGAGCAAAGCCCCUAUGAUGUUGUCAGCUUUACACCCAAAACAACACCUGAGUAA